AUGGGGUCCUGCUUGCCGAUGAAAAUUGCGACCUUCUUAAAGUUCAUCUUAUCAGCGUCAUCAUUAAUUUCACUGUAUACGCGCAAAAACUCCAUGCCCAUCUGCACUCUAAGCGCUCCUCUAUACAGCAACCCAUCCUUCUCCACAGCAUCCCGAAUAGUGGGAUCUGGGGAUGGCGGCAGCUUCAACACUGGCAGCUUGGGGACCAAGAACCCAAGCACAGGGCUAAUCAGCUUCAAAAAGUGGCCAUACGCGCCAAACAUAUCGUCCGGGGGUUUAACAGCCGGCGAGAAGAGCGCGACAGCGUCCAGUAAGUCCGGGCGCAUGGCGACGACUCUGAUGGCCGUUGUGCCUCCCAUAGAAUUGCCCAUGAGAAACGUGCUCUUCCCCUUGAGGUCCUCCCGCGCCUUGAAGUGCUCAAUGACAUCAAUACUCGCAUCUCUCAAAUGA